AUGGCUUCGAUUGAAGAUGACGACGAUCGCGACCUUGCAGGCUCUCAAGACGGAAGCUCGGACAAUGAAAUGGAGGAUACACUUCGGGAUGCAGACGAUGGGGGUAACGACAACGAACCUGAUCCCGACGCGGACGCCGACCAAGAUGCGGAAAGCCAGUCCAAUGCCAGUCAUGCAUCGGAAAGCGCUGGGGUAGCGACGCAACCGAACCCUGAUGUCGAAAUGUCUAAUACAACUGCUGCGAAUUCCUUUUCUGAUCCGAGAGCUGCUUUCCAUCCGAGCGUGCGGGAGAAAUGCCUGACGGCGCCUACGUUCGAUAUAGUCCCAACUACGGCCGCCCCUCACAGUACUUCGAUCAAUGCGGUAACUGCGACCGCUGACAUGAGAUGGGUUUUCAGCGGCGGCUCCGAUGGAUACGUUCGGAAGUUCAAUUGGGUGGAUUCUGUCAACAGCAAGCUGAUGCUCACUGUGGCGCAAAGACACCCUUUCGUCGACAGUGUCAUCAAGGCGGGUGUGCUAAUGACAUACUGGGAAAACAUGGAUGGGAACACAAUAUCGCCAGUAUACUCUUUGGCUAGCCACAGUGAGGGUCUAUGGUUGUUGUCCGGCUUGGAAUCCGGUAGCAUCCGUCUGCAAUCAGUCCGUCACGAUGAAGGAAAAGAGAUCGCUCUUCUGCAGCAGCAUACAUCCGCAGUCUCUGUACUGAGCUUGACUUCAGAUGAAAAGUCCCUACUGUCCGGCAGCUGGGACAAGCGAGUUUUUGACUGGGACCUUAACACAGGGCAGACGCGACGCGCAUUUGGGUCUAGUGCCGGGCAAAUAUCUGCGGUCGAGAUACGACCAGAAUCCAAUGCCGAUGCCCCUGGAGAACCGGAACCGAGUCAGAACGGCGUUGCAGAGGCUCCUGCUGCUCCGGCUCCGGCUCCGGCUGCGGCUGGUACUGAAGCCGCAACUGUUAAUGAUAUUGCCGCCACUCACCCCCCGGCGGAGAUGCCUAAUGGCUCUUCUCAGCCGAUGAUCAAUGGACUACCACAUGCCGAAGAGCUGGAGCCGCCUAGCCAUACUCAAGAGAGUGCUCUUCCUGCGUCAGCAGAAACAACCUCUAACACCGAUAACCUAUUCUUGGCUGCAUCCAUUGAUGGUACUAUUCGAGUGUGGGAUAGAAGAGAGCCAGACGCCGUUGCUCGCAUCACUUCUCAAAACUGCCCACCUUGGUGCAUGAAUGCCUGCUGGUCUCCAGACGGCAACUAUAUUUAUGCAGGCCGCCGUAAUGGCACUGUCGAGGAGUACAGUCUCCAUAAGGGCCUCAGGAGUGCAGAACGGACCUUCAAGUUCCCUCAGGGCAGUGGUCCGGUCACGGCACUCAAGGCGAUGCCUAACGGCAGACACAUUGUUUGCGCAUCGCAUGACAUUCUGAGAUUGUACGACCUCAAACAUGAGCAAGUGACUCGCCACUCGACGGUGCCUUUCUUGAUUAUCCCGGGACAUCGUACCGGAACUGUUUCCCAGCUAUACAUUGACCAGGCGUGUCGCUUCAUGGUCUCAACAAGUGGCAACAGAGGCUGGGAAGGUAAUACCACCGAGGUCUUGCUAGGCUAUGAGAUUGGGGUUCCUGGAUAA